CUCUCUCUCUCCUCAAAAACCCAAGAAGAAGUAAUUGAGAAGAGCGUCGUUAACAAGAUGAACACGCUGAUCCCGACGUCUCUCUGCAACACCCAGAUUUCAAGGUUCCGUUUUACCGCUCCAAAAAUCCUCAGAAACAGCUUUCCCCAUGCUCACUCACGCGCCAAAAGCUUCAAAAUACACGCGACUACUCCCAGUGAAAUAGAUACACAGACGGCAGAGGAAGAAAGAGUACAAGCAGAAUCCACUGAAGCAUUCAAGGCCUCCAGCACUCCAUCCACUGCUCCUGCUGAGCUUGACAAAGACCUCAAAAAGGUCGUUCAGAAGACUGCUGCAACCUUUGCUCCAAGGGCUUCCACGGCUUCCAAAAAUCCUGCUGUGCCUGGAAGUGCCCUGUAUACAGUUUUUGAGGUUCAAGGCUAUGCUUCAAUGUUGUUGGGUGGAGCUCUGUCGUUUAAUCUCAUAUUCCCAUCAAACGAACCGGACAUAUGGCGAUUAAUGGGAAUGUGGUCCAUUUGGAUGUUCACAAUUCCUUCACUCCGGGCCCGAGACUGCUCGAAGAAUGAGAAAGAAGCUCUCAACUAUCUCUUUCUCCUCGUCCCAUUAAUCAAUGUUAUAAUCCCAUUCUUCUGGAAGUCCUUUGCAGUUGUCUGGUCUGCAGAUACUAUAGCCUUCUUUGGAAUGUAUGCAUGGAAGUUUGGGUGGCUACAGAGAACAGAUUAGGAAUUCAAUUUGAUGGCUGUCUUCAAUUGGAUUGAUAAAAUCUCACCACCUACAUAUGAUUCUCAAAUUUAUAACUCGCGAUGCAUGUCUGACAAGAAAUUUCUAAAACCCCAUUGUUGCUCAACUUACUACCAAGAUGAAGAUGAUUUUGUGAAUCAGCAGGCCAUCAGCAGGCCAUAGGGCUUGCCCCCACCGAGGCAAAACAGAGACACCUUCCUUUCCUUCUAAUUAUGUAAUGAAUAUACCGACAGAAAAUAUUGUCAUGCUUUUCUUGUUCUCCUCUGUUUCUGUUCGUGUUUGGGAUGUGUUGUCUUGGGAUGGAUACAUGUAUAGGGUUCAAAGCUUAUUUUGGAGGAAUUAAUCCAAAAUAUAUGUAUAUGGUGAGUCCUGAACUACUGUUUUUUUUUU